AUGGUAGCCAAGAGUUCGCCGGCCACACAGAGCUCCGCCACAAGUGGUGGUGCUCUGGUCAAGUCGAACAUAGGCGGAUGGUGUAAAGGCCUAGGUGACUGUUUAAUUUUGGGGCCUAAAGUUUCACAUAAUAAUAAACUUGCACAAGCACCACCAUAUCGUCAUCUUCAGCAGGAAAAGGUGGAAGAAACAGAGAAGGAAUUACAGCAGCAGAAAGAAAUGAAGACUAUGUACAAGAUGAAACUUGAAAGGACACAAAAUUAUUUGAGAUAUUGUCUUCAGGUGGCACAAGACAAUGGCUUUCUUGACUUAAUCAUCAACAACAACAAAGAAAAACAACAAGAAUGCACUCCUCCUCCCUUGCCAAUCAUCAAUGCCACUACCAGUCCCCAAACACCACCCCAACAGCAAUCCCACUCUGAUAUCAAAGACCUCAUUCAACAAGCCAAGUUGAAUGGUUGGUAUAUUCAACCCCAUGAGAUUGAACUGCAAGAAGUACUGGCUCAAGGAAGCACAGCACAUAUAUACAGAGGAAGAUGGAGAGGAUUUGAAGUUGCAGUGAAAUGCGUAUUCCCUGAGUUCUUCCUCUGCAAUGAAAAUGGAGUCAGCUUCUUUGCCCAAGAAGUCGAGACAUUAUCGAGGCAACGACACCGUUUCGUGUUGCAGCUGAUGGGGGCAUGUCUUGAUCCUCCACGCCAUGGUUGGAUCGUAACUGAGUUAUUAGACAUGACCCUUAAAGAUUGGCUACAUGGUCCUGGAAAAAGAAGAAAACAAAGAGCUAUUCCUCUUCCCCUUUUCAAAGAGAGACUUAAUAAAGCAAUAGAAAUUGCUCAAGCCAUGCAAUAUCUUCAUGAGCAUAAACCAAUGGUGAUUCAUCGUGACCUAAAACCAAGUAAUAUUUUCUUGGAUGAUUCUUUGCAUGUUAGGGUUGCAGAUUUUGGCCAUGCUAGAUUCUUGAAUGAUGAAGAGAAGGCUUUAACAGGAGAGACAGGAACAUAUGUAUACAUGGCCCCGGAAGUGAUUCGAUCAGAACCUUAUGAUGAAAAGUCGGAUGUGUAUAGUUUUGGGAUUAUUCUCAAUGAGCUUGUCACUGGAGAAUACCCUUACAUUCAAACUGAUUAUGGUCCUUCUAAGAUUGCAUUGGAAGUAGCAGAAAAAGGGUUAAGGCCAGAACUUCCAAAGCAAGAUGAUAAACUAGAAGAGCUGAUACAACUCAUACAACUGUCGUGGGAUGAAGAUGUUGCUGUUAGACCUUCUUUUGGAGCUAUAACAUCAUCUCUCAUAAAUAUUCACGAAAAAAUGAUAGAUAUAUAA